AUGCCUUCAGACAUGCUUGAUCCUGCUUAUGCCGCCAGAGCAGUAGCAGAAUUCAAUAUGACGCCAGCACGAGGCCCUUACACGUUGGCCAUGAGUAAUACUGCCCUGUACAUCUCACUUCCUAACGUGACCGAGGAGUACAUGGAAAUUAUUGAGGAAAUGCGCAAGACGGCUGAUAGCGACUCAGCGGCUGCUCAUUUGCCAGAGAACUCCGACCCAAGCGUUGUUGCUGGCUACAAACGUCAGCUUCACGUCCUUGCCGACUUUCUCGCAAACCCAGAAGCCCCCAGUGUAGAAGUGCCCUUUGCGACUGGGACGACGAUGCGCCCCAUCAUUCUCCAUCCAUUGAGUCGCGGUACUGUCCACCUCAAUUCAACCGACCUGUUAGCUCAGCCUAUACUUGAUUACCGCGCUGGCUCCAGUCCCAUCGACUUCUCCAUCCACAUUGCGCAUCUCAAAUGGCUUCGUAAGGUACUGGAUACUCCGACUAUGCGCAGGUACGGUGCGGUUGAAGCCACUCCUGGUCCAGCUGUUCAGUCAGAUGAAGACCUCAAAUCUUACAUAAAGAGUUCCAUGGCUGCGGACAUCAUCAUAAACAGUCUAUAA